AUGGCCGCUGCCCGGAGCUGCCUCGCUCUGCUGCUCCUGUCCACCUGCGUGGCUUUGCUGCUGCAGCCACCGCUGGGAGCCCGGGGGGCCCCGCUGGAGCCAGUGUACCCAGGGGACAAUGCCACGCCGGAGCAGAUGGCCCAGUAUGCAGCGGAGCUCCGCAGAUACAUCAACAUGCUGACUAGGCCCAGGUACGGGAAGAGAGACAAGGAAGACAAGCCGGACUCCCUGGAGUGGGCGCCCCCCCACGCAGCUGCCCCCAGGUAG